AUGCCGCGCGGGUUCCUCGUCAAGCGCAGCCGGCGCCCCGGCGGCUCCUACCGGGCGCGCCCGCGGGAGCGGGACCCGGAGCGGGACUCGCCGCCCCCGCCGCCGCCUCCGCCCGCCGCCGGGGGCAGCCCCGCCGCCAGGCAGGGGGCGGAGGAGGAGGAGGAGGGCGAGGAGGAGGAGGGCGCCGCCGCCGCCGCCUGCCCCACGACGUGGCCCCCCGGCGGCGGCUGCGGGGGCCCCGGGCUCGCCCCGCCGGAGGGCCCGGCCGCCUGGGGGGCGGCGGGGCCCUGCAGCGCUGCGGGGCCGCGGGCGGCUCUCUUCGAACGGUGCCUCAGCUCCCCCGCCUCCGCCGAGUCCUUCCCCCUGGCCGCCUCCUUCCCGCCCGCCGAAAAGCUGCUGCUGCAGCCCCGCACGCCGCUGCCCGCCCCGCCGCCGCCGCCGCCGCCGGUGCCCGCGCUGAAGCGGCCGUCGCGGGCCAAGGCGCCGGCCAAGAAGGUCAAGGCCACACGGAAGCUGAGCUUCGCCGACGAGGUGACCACCUCGCCCGUGCUGGGGCUGCGCAUCAAGGAGGAGGGGCCCGAGGGCCGGCCGGGGCCGCUGGCGGGGCGCACGCCGCUGGGCGAGUUUAUCUGCCAGCUGUGCAAGGAGCAGUACGCGGACCCGCUGGCGCUGGCCCAGCACCGCUGCUCCCGCAUCGUGCGCGUCGAGUACCGCUGCCCCGAGUGCCACAAGAUCUUCAGCUGCCCCGCCAACCUGGCCUCGCACCGCCGCUGGCACAAGCCGCGGCCCGGCCCCAGCGCCGACGGCGCCGCCGCCGCCGCCCCGCCGGGCAAGGAGAACAGCCCCGAGCGGCGGCCCCGCGGCCCCGCCGCGCCUCCGCCCCAGCCCCAGCCGCCGCCGCCGCCGCCGCCCCGUCAGCACCGCGGCGGCGCGGACAGCGCCGGCGGCGCCCCGGCCCCCCACGGCGCCGGCCCCGCUCCCGCUCCGGGCCCCGGCGGGGAGGCGUUCGCCUGCCCCUGCUGCCAGAAGCGGUUCCGGCGGCAGGCCUACCUCCGCAAGCACCUGGGCACCCACGGGGCGGCGCGGCCCGCCGCCUACGGCCCGCCGGAGCGCGGGCAGCUCGCCUUCGCCUGCCACCUCUGCGGCGCCCGCUUCCCCUCGGCGGACAUCAGGGACAAGCACCGGCUGUGGCACGCCGUGCGGGAGGAGCUGCUGCUGCCGCCGCCGCCGCCGCCGCCGGCCGGGCCCCCCGAGGGCGGCGCGGCGGGCGGCGAGCGGCAGGGCUUCCCCUGCAAGCACUGCCCCGCCACCUUCUUCAGCGCGCCCGGGCUGGCGCGGCACGCCAGCAAGUGCCACCCGCCGGAGAGCAGGCAGGUCCUGCUGCUCCAGGUGCCCGUCCGGCCGGGCUGCUAGGCCCGCCGCCGCCCCGCGAUGGGACCGCUCCGGAGCCCGGGCCAGCCGAGCGAGUCCCGUCCACCCUGUAAUUCCUAUGGAAAGCCGCGGUACUCACGGCUACGAAGGCGAGGAGCCGCCCGCGGACCCCCGCCGCCCCCGGGCGGUGGGCAGCGGAGCUCGCCCCCCGUGCCAGCCCGGCAGCAGGCUUAGCCGGCGGUCGGGGCCGGGGCCGGGGCCGGUAGCGCCGCCGUCCCCGCGGGUCCGGCCGGCAGCGCCCGUGCCCAGCCCCGCCGGGGAGGGGAGGGGGGCGGCGGGCGCCCGUCGGGGGCCGGGGAGGCGGGUGCCGGCCCGCUGGAAGUACUCCUUCCGCAGCGCCGCUCGGGCCCGGGAGGGAAGUACAGCUGUAUAUACGGUAUCUAAAGAGAGGAAUUAUUUUUCGUGAGAAAAGGCGCCCGAUCCAGUGACCUUGUUUUAAUAGCCUUAGCCCCCGAGCUUCAACACUUAAAUUAUUGUGAGGUGUUUUGUUUGCUGUAUGCUGUGCUACGAUAGUCGAGAAGGUAAAUGUUCAUAUUAAGUCAAUGUCAAGUCAUAUAAUAGCUAGCAAAACGUAUGGAGAAUUAAUCGUGCUGUCUGCUUAAUUAAAAUACGAGGUGUUGAUCUUCCUAUAGCUAAGUACGCAUCUCCAGCUUACUCUGUGUUUCUGUACUCUAGCGACUGACCGUGCGGUAGGCAAAAACACGCGUCUCCGGCAGCUGCCCGUUCCAAAACCUGCUCUGUUAGUGGCUUGUUAACGCGGCACGAACAAUAGCAAGAAGCACGGCUGGGUCGCGGGCAGGCAGAGGGUCCCCGUCCCCACCUGGCCUCUUCGGGUGGCCUCCGACCCCUCUCCCCCGUGAGCCGCCCUGUUGAUGUGAGCUCCUCCGAGUCUUGUGAACAGCUGAAAUUAGAACAUGAAAUGGUCUUUUGAUAUGUUGCUGAAGCGCAGGUGACAGGCUACCUUCCUUCUCCCUAAUGAGACCUACUUUAGCAAAGCAACCCUGGCUUUAACGGUGGUCUGGCCAAAUGCUCUGAAAUACUGACAAAUUUACCAGCUGCUGAUAUUUCAGCAGGCAUGUAUUUAUUUAUGUAUUUAUUUAUGUAUUUAUUUAAUUUUUCCACACAUCGGUGCUUGUUUCUAAAUGUGGUAGCAGAUGAGGCCAAAAAUAAGGCAAGCAAAUUCAAUAAAGGAUUUAGAACAAAGCCCAUGCCUUUCUUGACUUCAGCAGGGCAGAGUGGGUCAGCUGGUGAUUCUGAAGAACCAAAUUGAUCCCAGCCAUGUUCUUUGUUCUAAUGCUCUGAGACGAGCAUGCAAAAUAUUUCAAUCUUUUGAUUAGCAUCCCCUAAAGCAAUUAUUUCUGUAGUUUUGUAUUUUCUUACACACAACGAAAGGUGCACGUGUAUCGUGCCUGAAGGCUGAAAGCAAGCGAUAAGUGCUUCAUUUCAAAUGUGCUUCAUGGACUUUCUCGUUUUAGUUCCAGGACCUGGACAAAUGAAUUGACAGCAUGUAACCUAACGCAGCCAAGGUUUGCUCGCUGAUGAAGGAGGCUAAACUCACAGCUCGCUCUCCUCGUAUGCCAGAAAUAAAGCAUGUUGUUUUAAGCUGUGCAUUUUUUCCAUCAUUUGUUGGUAACGGAGACUUAGGUAAAAAUGCCCCUUUAUGCAAUUAAAUGAGCUCUCCCCUGGAGAAGGUGACUGUUUUCUUAAAUCAUCGCUCUCCUUCCUCCACUUGUACAGUCAAAGACGAAGGGCUCCAGACGGCAGAUUAUUAACUGCUCCUGCAAUUAGCGCUGGACAACCAGCCUGCAGGAGGCAACGUCCUGCACUUUGCCUUACCUGCGGAGCUACGUGUGUUGCGUUUACUAGAUCUGGGGAAAAGUUUGCAGUACAGCGUUCUUGCGAUGGGUUGGGAAAGGGCUCCUAAGAACUCGUGUGUACUUUUUAAUACAAAUGAAAACCGAGCUGCGCAUCGCACUUAACUGCUCCAUGUGUAAUAUGCUAUCCGUCUACAAGUUGGAGUAAGAAUCUAAUCACUGAGGUGAAUGACUAAUACAAAAGGUGGUAAGAAUAAUUUUAUUGUAUUAUUAAAUAGCAUGUCUUCUCUUCAACCAUUACAAAUUUGUAGAUACUACAUGAAAGACAAUACGCAAUUUAUCUUUUUAUUGUUGCCCAUAUGAUAUAUUUACACAUGCAGUUAGUACCGAUGUCAUGCUACAUUUUGUUAACAGCAUUUUGUUUUUCGCCAAACUCAAAAUGUCAGCAUUUCAUCUUCUGUAGGAAAAUACCUCUGGGUGGGUGGAACAUGUGUACUAACCUGCACUCGUGGGGUUGGAAUAGUCAGCAUUUCAGGCCAGGUUCCUGGAGCAUGUUCCCUUUUCUUCUAUAGCACACAUCAUCAGAGCAAUGAAUUUCUAUCAGGAAAGUGCCUCUCUUUUUUUUUUUUUUUU